CCCUCCCAGGCUGCCGGGCCAGAGCGGUUCGUAGACUUCCGGUUGCCUAGCCCUAGAAUUUUGAGGCUCCCUCCGCAUGAGAAUUGAGCUGUCCGUACAGCCAGGACACUCGGGGUUACAGCACCGAGGGGGUCCACGGCUCGAGAUAUAAGUCCUGAUCUUUGAACUAAAUAGAAAGUUCCAAGAAGGAGUGAAGGAUGAAGCUCUACAUAUAGUAGCUGCUUGAUAAACCUUUACCAAAGAUUAAAAGGAAUUCCAUGAAGACACCAGUAGCUGAAAUAAUGGUGUUUGAUUUCACGGAGUAAAUUCUCAUUGAGAAGCAGAUUGGUAACCUUUAUAACCUUGGAGUCGGGAAGACUUUUCUAACAAAGAUUCAAAGUCCAGAAUCUGUAAAGGAAAAGGCUGAACCCUACAGAUAUCCAAAAAUGAUUGAGAUUGAACAGGCAGAGGCCCAGCUCUCUGAGUUAGACCUGCUAGCCAGUAUGUUCCCCGGUGUGAAUGAGCUCAUAGUGAAUGACCAGCUGGCUUUAGCAGAACUAAAAGAUUGUAUUGAAAAGAGGACAAUGGAAGGACGAUCUUCAAAAGUUUACUUUACUAUCACUAUGAACCUGGACAUAUCUGAGGAAGCAGUGGUGAUGUUUUCUCUGGCCUGUGUUCUUCCCUUUAAAUACCCUGCAGUUCUGCCUGAAAUUACUGUCAGAUCAGUAUUAUUAAGUAGAUCCCAGCAGGCUCAGCUGAAUACAGAUCUGACCACAUACCUACAAAAGAAUUGUCUUGGAGAUGUCUGUAUAUUGAAUGCCACAGAGUGGGUUAGAGAACACGCUUCUGACUAUGUCAGCAAAGACAACACACCUUCCCCUGUUCCAGGAAGUACAGUCCAGCCAGUUGACCUCAUUCUCACAAGACUCUGGAUCUACAGCCAUCACAUCUACAACAAAUGCAAAAGAAAGAACAUUCUAGAGUGGGCAAAGGAGCUUUCCCUAUCUGGGUUUAGCAUGCCUGGGAAACCUGGUGUUGUUUGUGUGGAAGGCCCACAAAGUGCCUGUGAAGAAUUCUGGUCAAGACUCAGAAAAUUAAACUGGAAGAGAAUUUUAAUUCGCCAUCGAGAAGACAUUGCUUUUGAUGGUACAAAUGAGGAAAUGGAAAGACAAAGAAAAUUUUCAGUUUUUGAAGAAAAAGUAUUCAGUGUUAAUGGAGCCAGAGGAGACCACAUGGACUUUGGUCAACUGUAUCAGUUUUUAAAUGCCAAAGGAUGUGGGGAUGUUUUCCAGAUGCUCUUUGGUGUGGAAGGACAAGGAGCAGAAGAGUAGUUGAAAGUGUUUUGCUACUGUUGGUCUUUUGACUUUCUCCCCGACUCUUUCUUGAAAGAUUAAGUAAUUUCCCUUUAGUUCCAUUCUAAAAUGUUAAGGGGGAGAAAAAGAGGAAAAGUAGUAUAGCUGAAAUGCAUCUGUUAAAAAUAUUCAUGAUUUAAUGCGGAA